AUGCAAGGCGAAGCAGGAGUAAGCGGUAAGAUAAUGAAAUACUUACAACAACUAGAGAACAAAAUGGAAACGAAAUUUUAAGUACUGUUUAAUGACAUGAAAACCUUGAAAGCUACCACUGAAUUAACUAGUGAAAUACGAGGUAGCGCGCAUCUUGAAUGAAAAGCUGAAAUUUGAGGAAGAAAAUUACGCCCUAAAAGAGAAAGUUAACAACCAAUCGUAUCUAAUCUCUGAACUAUCUGCUAAGGUUAAAGAUCUUGAAAAUGAGCGAAGCAGUCUAUUGACUGUCGUCAGAAUUUUACAAACAGAAGCUGAUAAUGCAACGCAAGAAUGGAAAACUGUCGAACCGAGACGGCAAAAUCAAACCGAUAAAUCCCGUAUUGGGCAUGCAACCACUGUUAAAGACGGAAAAUAUCAGACAACAAAUAGAUAUGAAAUAUUAAGCGAUACUACCGCGGCGGACUCGGAGGUCAAUGAGAUUGUGGAUUAUCAUGAACGAAAUAAUGAAAGCAGAAGAAUGACAGCCAAACACCGAUAUGGCAAAUCUAGCAACGUGUCCAUGCACAUGCAAACAACAAGCACGAGCAGCUUAACCAGAACGAACCUCAAACCAAAGGAAAUACAUCACAAUCAGCAACG